CAGAACCGAAAAUCAAACCCUAAAAAAAAAGAAAAAGAAAACCAGAAAUCCCUAGCUUUUAUUUAUUUCAAAUUUUUUCCGAUCGGAAACUCUGAUCCAGAUCCGGUCCGAUCUCGAAGCUCUGGAAGACCGCUAUGUCGUCGUUAUCUUCCUCAUCAGACCCGCCGCCUUCUUCUUCAGAGAUCCGAAUCCGAUCGGUAUGGGCCGAUAACCUCGAGGCCGAGUUCGAUAUGAUCCGAUCCGUCAUUGACGAAUUCCCGAUGAUCUCCAUGGACACGGAGUUUCCCGGCGUCGUGUUCCGCCCCAACGCCGAGGAUCCCAAGUUCCGGCGACCCGACGCCGAGGAUCCGAAUUUCCGGCGCCUGGAUCAUCGCGGCGCGAACUAUCUGGUUCUCAAGGCGAACGUCGACGAACUCAAUCUGAUCCAGGUCGGCUUGACGCUCUCGGACCGCGCCGGGAAUUUGCCGGGUUUAGGAUCGGAGAUGAGUUAUAUUUGGGAAUUCAAUUUCAGAGACUUCGACGUGAGGCGUGAUCCCCACGCGCCCGACUCCAUCGAGCUGCUGCAGCGCCAGGGCAUCGAUUUCGAGCGCAACCGCGACAAAGGGAUCGACUCGUACAAAUUCGCCCAGCUGAUGAUGUCAUCCGGCCUCGUCUGCAACGAAGACGUGACGUGGAUCACGUUCCACAGCGCCUACGAUUUCGGAUACCUGGUCAAGAUGCUGACGCAGCAACCGUUGCCGGAGGACCUGCCUGGUUUCUUGAACCGGGUGAAGGUGUUCUUUGGCUCCGGUGGGUACGAUGUGAAGCAUCUGACCAGGUUCUGUGGUUCUCAUCUCUAUGGUGGAUUGGACGGGGUUUGCAAGGCCUUGAAUGUGGGCCGGGCCAUCGGAAAAAGUCACCAGGCCGGGUCGGAUAGCCUGCUCACUUUUCAUGCCUACCAGAGGAUCAAAGAGCUGUACUUUGGCGAAGGCGGAAUAGAGCAGUACGCUGGCAUUUUGUAUGGUCUAGAGGUUUCUCGAUAUUUUCGUUGAAAUCUACUCCUUAUAGAUUUCUUUCUCUGUUAAGUAAAUUUUGUAUACAGUUUGCUUGAUCAAUAUUAUUAGGCUUUAUUAAUUCUUUCUA